GACACAGUCGCGGAAUAUUUGGUAGUUUUCGCUGUCGGGCGCUGUCAUUGUGGGUUCAUUGGGAAGGUUGUUGGGUUGUGUUGUUUGUGGUGGUGAGGCGGUUGGGUCGAUGAGUGAGGCCCUUGACAUCAUCGUCAUUCGGCGGCUUUAACAUUAAUCAGUAGUUGAGUUUACGGGAGCCGGGUUUCUUUCUUGUCUUCUACGACCACAUCUAUCCGAGACUCGAUUGCGCUGGAAUACUUGAUUACAUGAUGGGGGAUAUUGUUCUUGCGUUCGACAUUUAUGGCACACUGCUCUCAUUUGAGGCUGUUAUUCAUGAGCUGAAGCGCUUCUUGAAUGACGAUGCUCGGGCCCGCACCGUGGCACAGACAUGGAGACGCUACCAGCUUGAAUACACCUUCAGGCUGAACAGCAUGGGGCGCUAUCUUACCUUCCUGGAAGUCACCCGGAAUUCCCUUCUGCACGCCUUGGAUGAUACGGGUACCUCGCUGGGAGACAAGGAGAUUGAGCAUCUUAUGGCGACCUACAAUAGGCUAAUUCCCUUCCCCGAUGUCGAGGACGCUUUGAAUCAGCUAUCAGCCUUUUCACAAGUCACCUCAGUCAUCUUUUCAAAUGGCACCCGGGGCAUGAUAGCCAAUUGUGUGGAGAGCUCGACGGUUCUAUCGCAGCACAAAACAUUCUUCAGAGACGUUGUCAGCGUCGACGAGGUGAAGCAGUACAAGCCCGCUCCAGCAGUCUACAGUUAUCUGGCAAAGUGUGUCGGCCGCAACCAGUCGGAGAUGAAGGAUAUCUGGCUAGUCAGUGGCAAUCCAUUUGACAUUGCAGGCGCCCGCAAUGUGGGUAUGAAUGCCAUUUGGGUAGACCGGGCUGAGGCAGGCUGGGUCGACAAGGCGUUGCCUGAUGUCAAGCCGACAGCGAUCGUUCACCAUCUGGGAGGGAUUGUAGAUGUGAUCAAGCAACAAUUGUCACUAUAGCAUCCCUACUGCUAGC